UUUGGGAAUAGCAAAGUUCUGGCGACCCCGUUAUCCCCAAAUUUUUUAAACAGGUAAUAUCAACAGCACUGCAAGGGUCAUUCCUGGCCUGGUUAUUGAUCUACCUCUAUCUAGAUCUAGGCCAUAGUACACAUUCACACACACAUUUUAUUGUGUCGGCUCAAGUGCAUUAGAACUAAAGGUCUAAGAAGGGUGAAACCAGUGAGUGAAGUCUCCAGUCUGAAAAUCGAGCCCACACUUGGGUGUCAUCCUCAAUCAGUAGCUGCAGAGUGAAACAGUUGAGGACUUCUGUCAUUUGACCUAGAAUCGUCAAAGUCUCAAGAUGGUUGCAUUGGCAGCUCUCAUCGAUGUGCCCGUGUGGUUGGUGUUGCUGAUCAUAGCUGCUGUUCUGUACUACUUAUACGCCACACCUUUUGGAGUGUGGUCAGGUCUUGGUAUCCCAGGGCCUAAACCAACGUUUGCUGUGGGAAACGUCCCCCAGCUGUAUGACACUGUCAAGGGCGUUCGCUGCGUCAUUGACAGCUGGGUACAGCAAUAUGGACGGACAUUUGGAGUUUACUAUUUUCGGAAACCGCUGUUAGUAGUGACUGACCUGGAACUUCUGAAGCAAGUGUUUGUCAAAGAUUUUAACCACUUUACUGACCGCUGGUUCCAUGGAGAAGGCAAACUUCAGCAGCCUAUGAUUAAGAAAGGUCUUUUCUUUGAGUUUGGAAUGGACUGGAAGAGAAUACGUCGAAUCAUGACCCCUACAUUCAGUAGUGGAAAGUUGAAAUCGCUUGUACAUCAUAUGAACAAUACUGGCAGGAAUCUUGGGGAAAGCAUGGCGACCUACGCCGGAGAUGGGAAGUUGGCCGAUGCAAACACAGUAUUUGGGGCGUUUGCGUUGGAUGUUAUUUGUGGUACUGCAUUUGGUUUGGAAGUAAAUUCCCAGAAUAAUUAUGAGAUCCCCAUUAUUAAGCAUGCGAAGAGUCUUAUGACUUUUGAAAAAGAUGUUCAGGUUUUGUUUACAUUAGCAGGAUUAUUUCCUUUUUUGGUGCCAAUUUUGCACAAGUUGGAAAUUGGGUUGUUCAAAAGAAAGGAUGUUAAUUUUUUUAAGCGUACCAUUUCAGCUUUGAUUGCUGAGAGGAAAGCAGCACCCACCCCCGAUGAUUAUGCUGAUUUCUUGCAACUGCUCUUAAACGCUGAAGCUGAUAGUUCAGUAGAGGAUCUUGGGGGUUCUAAAAAGUUGACAAUUGAUGAAAUUACCGCACAAGGUGUCUUAUUUAUCAUUGCUGGCUAUGGCACCACCUCUUCUACCCUACAAUUUUUGUUUUAUGAGAUCGGUCGACGGCCAGAUAUCCGAGAAAAAGUCAUGAAUGAACUUAACGAGCACAUUGCAGAAAUGGCUGAACCAACAUACGAAGACUGUCAAAAGCUAAAGUACAUUGAGGCUUUGAUCAAUGAGACCCUCCGAUGCUACCCACCCGUCCACCUACUAUCUCGAAAUGUUGACAGUGAGGUAAAAAUUGGUUCGUUCACCAUCCCAUCGAAUGGUGGUGUUUUAAUCCCCAUUGCAAAUAUUAUGAAGGACCCAGAGCACUUCCCUGACCCUGACAACUUUAUGCCCGAACGUUUCCUUAACGAUGACAAACAGGCGGCAAAUAUCAUAUCGUUUCUGCCUUUUGGUUUUGGUCCGCGGCAGUGCAUUGGGUUGAGACUAGCCAUGUUAGAACUGAAGAUGGCUGUUGUCCAUAUGCUGAAGCAUGUGGAAGUGGUGGAUUCCGAGCCAGAGAAACUCGAUUUGGAAGAUUACCUGGGUGUGCUGGUUCCCAAAGAGCCCAUUAAACUCAAGAUGAAAUUAAAAUAGCUUUGGUGGCCGGGUCGUCUGGAAAUUGUAGAAGAGGUAUUCCGUUAGUUCAAAAACUGUCAGGUAUUUUCUGUUAACUCAAAACUAUCAGGUGCUUCUGUAAACUCUCAGGAAUACUGUCUGAUCUUGAAAUAGUUGGAUUUUGUUUUGUUUGUUUAAAUCUAAAAAGACUUUAGUUAAAGUUGGGAAAAAAUGAUGAGUCCUUAUUAGCUGCACUUUCUCCAGAUAAUGCUCUUGAUGUUCAUACAUGAUGUAUGUCAUGGUACAUCUUUUAAUUGACAGCUUCAUUUUACUCUUUUUUUAAUUUUACCAAAUUUGAAGUCUUGUAUCUGAUAAUGACAGCUGCGUUUUACUCUUUUUGAUUUGAAUUAAUUUAAUUUUGUGUCUUGUACAUGAUGAUUAUCACAUCUGCUUUUUCGAGUUUUUCAUUUGACCUUAUUUUGAAUCUUGUACUUUUUAAUUUUUUUCUGCUUGUAUUAUCAGUUACUGUAACUAUGAUAAUGAUAGUUCAGUAGUGGAUGAAGAACAACAUCAUGUACUUUUGGAGUACAUGUUUUUCUAAUGACCUACUGCAAGCCUACCAAAAUGCAGUAUAGUGUGCAUUCACCUUGUCUCGGUGUUUGGAGUGAAACGGGCAAAAGAUAAAGUUGUUGUGGGAUGACCAAAACUACACGCUUAUCUUAUCAUUUUCUAUGAGGGAUGUUUGAUUAAAAAAUGAAAGGUCUGAAAUGUUUACAAAGGGAAAAAAAAUUUCUGAGAACGCAGCUACUUUUUUUUCUGAACUGUAAGUGUCACCCUGAAGGUUAUGUUGUCUCACCACUCACUCCAUGUUGAGAAAUGAAAAAAAGUACUCCCAAACAAAUAAUGAAAGAGUAUUUGGGAGAAGAAACUAUGCCUGCAGCUACUAGAAAACAUGAUGGGGCAUUAUACGCUGAAUGAAGGAAUAGCUUUACUUUUUUUUAUGAAGUUAGUUUUUUUUGUUGUUUCUAAAAAUUAUUUAUUUAAAAGAAUUUUUUAUUUUUAUGGUAGAACUUAAACAACACCUUGUUGAGUUUUUUUAAAAAACUAGAAAUGACAGAUUUACUCUCUAAUGUUAACCUUUUUUUUUUUUUUACAAUUUUGAAGAGUGGAGGGCCAUUUGAAUGCCGUGUGAUUUUUAUGAUAUAUUCGUCUUAUUUUUCUCAGCUACGACCCAUUGUAAAACUAGAAGACAUUGAAUCUAAAAUCAUUGAGGUAAAUAUAGCAAUACUUUGCCCUUGACGGUUACAAAACAUAGAGAUCAAACAUGCACCUAAGAAAUAUCCACUCUGUAUUUCCUGGUUACACCAUGAAUAGCUCAAGGGCUGAUGACUCUAGAAUAAUAAUAAUAAUAAAUAGCAUUUGUAUAGCACAUAUCCUGGCUCGACAGCAAGCUCUAUGCACUUUACACUAUGUUAUAACCCCAGCAGACCGUUGAGCACUCAGAACGAAGCAUUUUCAGCUUCCUGGGAAGUACGAGCAACUAAUUCAGCGCUCAAAGACUAACAAAAUGACAAAAUCUUUGGCUGUCUAUUGCUGGGUACCCAUUCCCACCUAGGUGAAGUGAGGAAAAUUCGUAUAAUAGAGCCUGACCACAAGGUCAUUGACGCCACCAUAUAUCGAAGUACACAGAUGGCCUUUCAAGAAAUUAUCAGUCAACGGGCUCUAUUAGUUCCCCCUGCCAUAUUGAAAUUGGAAGCGUUAUGAAUGGUUAUGUGAUAUCAUUGUAUUGUGGCUGUAGGCGUGCCUAAUAAUUAGUGCUGUGAAUAUUGUAUAAAAAAAUAAAUGUUACUGAUAAACUUACUUU